AUGCUGCCCAAAGUCGAGACUGACUCGCUGGGACUCUCUCGAUCGUAUGGGGAACAGGGACACAUGCCAAGAAACGUGCAAGUUCCACAAUUAAAAAUGAUGGACUACUCAUAUGACGAAGACCUGGACGAGAUGUGUCCCGUGUGUGGAGACAAGGUUUCAGGCUACCACUACGGACUCCUCACCUGUGAGAGCUGCAAGGGCUUCUUCAAGCGCACGGUCCAGAACAACAAGCGCUACACAUGUAUUGAGAACCAGAGUUGCCAGAUUGACAAGACCCAGAGGAAGCGCUGCCCAUACUGCCGCUUCCAAAAGUGCCUCACUGUCGGCAUGAAGCUGGAAGCUGUGCGAGCAGAUCGCAUGCGAGGAGGACGCAACAAGUUUGGCCCCAUGUACAAACGUGACCGGGCCCUCAAGCAACAGAAGAAGGCGCUGAUCCGAGCUAACGGCCUGAAAAUCGAGGCCAUGAGCCAGGUGAUGCAGGCUGUCCCCACCGACCUCACCAUCUCAUCGGCCAUUCAGAACAUUCACUCAGCUGCCUCCAAGGGCCUGCCACUGAGCCAUCACGCUGGCCACCACACCAGUCACCACCAUCACCAUCACCAUCAUGCCACCGCCUUACCCCCAACAGACUAUGACCGCAGUCCUUUCGUCACCUCACCAGUCAGCAUGGCAAUGCCACCGCACGCCGGCAGCUUGCAAGGCUACCAAACAGCCUACGGACACUUCCAAGGCACACGCACCAUUAAGUCUGAGUACCCAGAUCCAUACACCAGCUCCCCCGAGUCCAUCAUGGGCUACGCCUACGUUGAUGCCUACCAGUCGGGCUCGCCGCCCAGUUUCCCCCACUUGAUCGUAGAGCUGCUCAAGUGUGAACCGGAUGAGCCUCAGAUUCAAGCAAAGAUCCUGGCCUACCUGCAGCAGGAGCAGGCCAGCCGGGGCAAGCACGAAAAGCUCAACACCUUCGGUCUCAUGUGCAAGAUGGCUGACCAAACGCUCUUCUCCAUCGUGGAGUGGGCUCGCAGCAGCAUCUUCUUCCGUGAACUCAAGGUUGACGAUCAGAUGAAGCUUCUGCAGAACUGUUGGAGUGAACUCCUCAUCCUGGACCAUGUCUUUAGGCAAGUGGUGCACGCCAAGGAGGGCUCCAUUUUAUUGGUCACUGGCCAGCAGGUAGACUAUGCAGUGAUCGCAUCGCAGGCCGGGGCCACCCUCAAUAAUCUCUUGAGCCACGCCCAGGACCUGGUGGCUAAAUUGCGUUCUUUGCAAAUGGACCAACGGGAGUUUGUCUGCCUGAAAUUCCUGGUCCUCUUCAGUCUUGAUGUGAAGAACCUGGAGAACUUCCACCUGGUAGAGAGCGUCCAGGAGCAGGUGAAUGCGGCGCUGUUGGACUACGUCAUGUGUAACUACCCGCAGCAAACGGACAAGUUUGGUCAGCUGCUUCUGCGGCUGCCAGAGAUUCGAGCCAUCAGCCUGCAGGCCGAAGAAUAUCUUUACUACAAGCACCUGAAUGGUGACGUGCCCUGCAACAAUCUGCUCAUUGAAAUGCUCCAUGCCAAGAGAGCUUAGGAGGGGAACUGCACUACCAGCAACGCAGCUGCUGCAUGGACACUUUGCGAGGAGUCAGGCCGCAGCCCCAAAUCUUCUGCUUUUAUUUAAAUCCACCUCAGCCCUGAGUUGAUUGCGUAAAGAAUGGCAAACAGAGUAAAACCUCGAGAACUUUGAACAAAAAAAAAAAAAUACACAAACUGAGCGUGCGCGCAUAUGAACGAGGGGAAAGAAGUGCAGACACACAGGACACAAAGAGGAACACUUGAACUAAACAAGGACUCACUGUUUAUAACUACAGUGACUCUAACAAAGGACGUUUGCUUCUGGGAACGUGGACUUGUGUUUAGACUUUUCUUUUAGCUCUGGUUGGUACUGUACAGACGGCAUUCAUGUGGUCAACCAAAGCGGACUCUUACCUGCGAUCACUGAACUCAUCGAAACGGCAGUGGCAGCUUGACCUGACCAAAAAUGUGAGAAAUGACUAUUGAAAAAGAAAAGACCCGAAAUGGAAUGCCCCUCAGUGAUCAAAACAGUACUAGUCCAGUAACAGAAAUAAUUUGGUGGGUCCCCUUAUUUGACCGCCCGAGUCCUUUUAAACCAUGUACUUCAUUCAGAAUGUCGAAUGUUAAAAACAUAUAGUUAAUAAUAUCAGCUAAAAUGAUUGUGUAUUUCCAUUUUUCUUGCAAAAAAACACCCUUAAUUUUACAAUUUUACUACGAAAAAAAAAAUGGAACGAGACAACCUGUGGUUUUGGAUGUGGUUCUAGUCGGCCUUUGCCCAGAAAGACCAAAGCUUGCUGCAGAAGAAGGAAAUGACACGAAACCUUUAUAAUCAGUAUUAUUUAAUAAAAGAAAAUUGCAAAAAAAAAAAGAAAAAAAGGAAAAAAUAUAUUGUGAUGUCACAGUUAUGUGAGUCUUGCCUUAUUUCAUUACCAUGCUAGCUAACUGUGCAGAUGUGAAUGAAAAUAUGUACAAAUAUAUAUAUAAAUAAAGUAUUAAUGUUGUAAAAUUAAAAAAAAAAAACAAGAAUUGCAGGUGUUUACAUUCAUGUGGUAAUAUGGGAGACAACUGUGAUGACGCAUUAAUUGCAAAGCAAUGAUUUCCUAAAAAAAAAAAAAAA